AUGUUGACUUCGCUCGCCCGCCGGUCCGCUACGAUCUCCCGCCACGCUUUGAGCUCGUCUCGCGCCGCCUUCUCCACCACGGCGCCGUUGGAUUUGUACUCGCCCACGGAAGAGCACCAAGCGCUGCGCGAAAUGCUGCGAUCGUUCGUGGCGCAAAAGGUGGAGCCGCAAGCGCUCGAGUUCAACCGCGCCGAGAAGUUCAACGUCGAUCUGUUCCGUGAACUGGGCGAGUUGGGGCUGUUGGGGAUCACGGUGCCUGAAAAGUACGGCGGCUCCGGCAUGGACGCGCUGGCCGCGGUCAUCGCGCACGAAGAGUUGAGUUCAUCCGACCCGGCAUUCUGCCUCUCGUUCCUUGCGCACUCGAUGCUGUUUGCCAACAACUUGGCGCGCAACGGCAACGACGCGCAAUGCGCCAAGUACCUUCCCGCCGCGUCGUCUGGCGAAGCCAUCUGCGGCAUGGCUAUGAGCGAGCCGGCUGUCGGCACGGACGUCCUCGGCAUGAAGACGACCGCCGUCAAGCGCGGCGACGAGUACAUUUUGAACGGGACCAAGAUGUGGAUCACCAACGGCGCCAUCAACGACACCGACUUGGGCGACACAUUUCUUGUGUAUGCGCGCACGGGAAACAGCGGCAACGCGCGCGAGGACUUCUCCAGUUUCAUAGUAGAAAAGGGCUUUGAGGGGUUUUCACUGGGCCAGCGCAUCAAGGACAAGUGCGGCAUGCGGGCGAGUAUGACGGCCGAACUCGUGUUUGAAAACUGCAGAGUUCCGGCGGAAAACUUGAUUGGCAAAGAAGGAUCGGCCGUGCUGUGCAUGAUGCGCAACUUGGAAAUCGAACGUGUGACCUUGGCGGCGAUGAGUUUGGGGAUUGCGCGGCGGUCGAUUGAAGUUAUGAAUGCUUAUGCCAAGGAACGCACUGCGUUUGGAAAGCCGUUGAACUACUUCGGUCAAAUCCAACAGAACAUUUCAACGUCAUAUGCGCAAUACAAGGCUGGACGGGCAUAUGUGUACGACACGGCGCGGUAA